CUAGGCAUGAAGAUACUUUUACAAACAUUUGUGAAAGAAUGGGUCGCUCUCAGGAGCUCAGUGAAUUCAAGCAUGGUACCAGGUACCGUGAUAGCUUGCCACCUGUGCCUACUAAAUAUUCCACAAUCAACUGUUAGUGGUAUUAUAACAAUGUGAAGCAACUGGGAACAAAAGCAACUCAGCCACGUCGCCACCGGACUCUAGAGCAGUGGAGAAGUGUUCUCUGGAGUGACGAUUCACACUUCUCUGUCUGGAAAUCUGAUGAUUCGUGCCUGGGUUUGGCGGUUGCUAGGAGAAUGGUACUUACUUGACUGCAUUGUGCCGAGUGUA